AUGUCGAAAGGUUUCCGAUUUACGGAGGAGCAACAGGAUCAGUCACCAAGAGAAGCCGUUCCUAGCCAAAGAGUUCGCCGAUYUCCCAAUGUAACGAAUGAYCAAUCGCAAGGGCAUGCGGGGUUAUUCAACCAAACGAUCUCCACUCAAUCGCUUCUAGCGAUGGAUUUCGUCGCUCAAAAUAAAACCAAAUUGACGGUCAUGGAGAACAUUUUACACAAGAGAAGUACUUGGUUGAUAUUCCUGGAAUCUUUGGUCGUAAUUGUUUUGAAUUUAUUUGCUCUGAUUGGAAAUAUCUUGAUUUGUUUGGCAGUCUACAGAAAGCCAUCUCUUCGUACCAUCACAAACAUGUUCAUUGUAACUCUAGCUAUUUCUGAUGUGAUAAUGGCUUUAGUACCCAUGCCGCUGAGCGUUGGAGCACUCGCUACGAGCGACUGGCCUUAUGGAUUUACAGCUUGUCAAAUUCAAGGUUUUACGAUCCAUGUACUCGUCUUUCAYUCUGUUCAAGUGAUCACGCUGACUGCUCUUAACCGCAACUUAAGCGUGGUUCGUCCUUUACUCUACAAAAGGAUAUUCUCAAAAAGAAAAACUUUAGCUAUGAUAAUAGCUGUUAAUGUCAUAUCCGCCGCUGCUAUGUCUGGUUUAAUAUUUCUCACUUCAUCUUACUUUACAUUUCAUCCAGGAAAAGCAAUUUGUGUUUUKACUUUCAAGUCAGUAUCGCACAGUCAAGUCUUUACAAUUUUAUUCGCUUUAACAUUUAUCUUAAUCCCUUUGGUAAUUAUAACGUUCUGUUAUGCGAGAGUUAUUCAAACGAUACGUAAACACAAYCGCGAAUUUAAGUCAGCUCGUGGGAUGCAUGACUCAUCUUCGCGACUUGUGCGAGAGGAGGACAAAUUAUCCAAAAUUGUUCUUGCAAUCAUUGUUGGAUUCGCUGCCUGCUGGGURCCUUGUGUGAUUAUUGAUGUUGUAGACACUCGCUACGAUGGCUGGCUACCGAGACGUGUAUAUCUCAUCUACACGUACUUCGGGUAUGCCUCGUGUGCUAUCAAUCCCUUCUUGUAUGGCUGUAUGAACAAGCAAGUCAGACAAGAAAUAAAACAGAUUGUGACUUUUUGGAGAACAUGAACAUUAUGUUCUCGAAAUGUUUCCGGUAGACAUGGCUACAAUGGAGGCCUAAAAAACUUUCGCUGUUUAGUUAUUCUAGAGUCUAACCGGAAAAAUGAAUUUAUCAAAUAUCUUGGUUCUUUUACAUAGAGCUGGUCAACUACACUUGACUAUGUAUAGAUAUAUGAAAUUCAAAACAAUAUUUAAGUACAGGUCAAUGAAAAUAAGUAUUUUAAAGUAUAUAGAUGGAAAUAAUUAAAAUAUCGGUGAUUGGAAAAUGACAAAUUUUACUUGACUGAUCGUCAACAAAAUUUAAUGGAAAUUAAGGAAAAAAUUUUAUCAUA